UUUCAUUACAACGCGGAUAUUAUUUUAGCCGUCUUUAUUUAGGAUAUAUUGUAUGAAUGAAUAUUUUCCAAUUUGAGUUUCCUGUUGUUUUGGCGCUAAAAUUUAACCUCGAUGUGAUGAACAUGACCAUGUGAUAGUGGCUACCAAUCAAAAAAAAGGGCGCGAAUGUACGAGAUAAAACUCUUGUUCUCCAUGAAUGCUUUCUCCCACGUAGUCCAACUCUUUGCAUUGCAAUAGUCAAGUGAGCUCUUUAGCGUUUUCAAAAAGAUGGCAAGUUUCCCGAAGUCUGUGGACGAGGUUAAGCAGUGGAUGAUACAAAAUGGGUUUUCGUCCCACGCUUCUACCUUUGAAGAGAACGAAAUCGAUGGCGAAGCAAUGCAAUGCUUAACGGAGAAUGCGUUAGUGCAACUGAUACCUGUGGUCGGCCCUAGAAUGAAGUUUAUCAAGCAACUUGAAUCUUUGAAAAAAACCUCCAGGCCCGAGAGUAUUGAUUUAGUUGAAGAGGGUACCCCAAUUGCCAAUGAAGAAAUGGAAGUACAAGACAGAAUUCCAGCUGAUACAGAAGUAAAAGCAAGAAAGAGGCUGGAAUUUGAUAACAAAGUUAGCAGUCCCUGCCCUGAUGACAAUAUAGUGCUAAAUGCAAAAAUGCUUUGGCCAAGAGUGUUAACACUUCCAACCAGUUUCCGACUGGAUGUUACUAGAACACUGGCAAGCAAGGAGAAGCAGAACAUCAAUAAGAAGUUUAGAAGAGAGUUCAUAGGCUCAAUAUACGAUCAUUUUGCCCGCUACACUUUGUAUCCCACCAAACAUCAACUCACAUCUAUUUGUGAACUAAUAGUCCAGAAGUAUCCCUUCCUGAAAGAUACCUCAAUUGGUACUGGAUAUGAUUCCUGGUACGCUAGUCUAUACGAAAAGUUCCGUAAUGAGAGAAAGUCUAUUAAAGAUGACCCGGAAGUAAUCCUCAGGAAAAGAAAGCCCAAAGAGAGCUCCAAAGAGUGUGUGAAAGCUAAGCUUCGCAGAGGAGCCAUAAACUGGGAGCCACCCUUUCCAGAGGGUGAGGAUGAGGUGUCUCUACAACGACAUAAAGAUUUUAUGAAGAGUGAAUUUGAAAAAAGGUCUCCAGAUUGGGCAAAGAUAAGCAAACGAAUGUCACUGACUUUCCCCAGCAGACGGAGACUAAUGAAUGACAAUAUGAGCAUCAAGGAAAUAAAAGAACACUACCCUACUCUAUUUAAGUUUGAACAGGUAUGUUAAGCUAUAUAUUGUUGUCCUUGUGAACUAUGAGUAUGAGCAAUCUAAUUGUGUUUUCUCUGUGUCUUUCAACAAGAAAGUUGUGUAGAAGAAGGAUGAGUUUAAUAAAACUACCCCCACAUUAGGGUGAUUGGCAGUCUGGUUGUUCUGUCAGGUCAGCACAAUUUGCUGCCUUGAGUAACUGGGCAAUUCUGGGUGUGUUGGGUGAUAUGCAGACAUCCUAUGCUUGCAAGAUGUGAAUGUCCUCUCUUACUUCAUAUGUUAACAGAAAUAUAGGAAUUAUUAUUGAUGCUAUUCAAACCUUUG